AUGAAUUAUCUGGAUAGAGUUGAACCUGUCGUAAAAUCAUUUGAUAUGACAGAAGAUAUGGUUAAAGAUGUAAAAGAAGUGGCAAAAAAAGCAAUUGAUUAUUGUAAUACAGAUAAAGAAAUUUCUACUUUUAUAAAAGAUGAUUUUAGAUGUAGAUAUCAUGGCACAUGGCAUUGUAUCGUAGGUCGUAAUUUCGCAAGUUAUGUUACUUUUGAAAGAAAUUAUUAUAUAUACCUUUACAUAGGAUAAUUAGCUAUAUUAUUAUUUAAAACUGGUUGA